AUGGAAGCAAGGCUGGAGGGAGGAUGCGAGUCCAUAAUUGUUUGGUCUCGGGACAGACAAUCUCUCAGAACAUGCUCACCACAAAAGGUACAAGAUGUAUCAGAGGAGAGUAGACGCCGGAAUCGCUCCAUCGUGGCUACUGAGAUAAGGUCUAAGAUUGAAGAUCUGAAGUCCAAAUUGGAGAAGGAAAAACAAACUUUCGCUAAGGCGCUUACAAAGAGCUCGAAAGAUGAAACUGCAAAGUUCCAAGAGGCUUAUGAGAACUUCUGCAAAGGAAAAACUGCCCAUUUGCAGGCACUGAAAGAUACAAUUUCCAGGUUUGAGGAAGAGCAAGAAAGGUUGUUUGUGCGAUAUGAACAAUUGAGGAAGAAAGAGAAGAGCUUGAUAUCUGAGCAAGAGAAGUUCUGUGCUGAUAAAAUUGCUCAGUUGGAACAGUCGAAGAAAAAGAAACUGGUUAUUAAACAAUGA